CACCAACGGGUAUUACGAGUUGGACGCGGUCCUGGAGGAGGUGGAGGCGGCACAUCUCUUAACGUCAUUGCCCGAUGGCUGGAUGAGAGAAGUGAUUUUGGAGACCGUGGAGUGCCUGCGGUACCAACACCAAACUCCUUCGCUAAACGAUCAGCAAGCGACAUUCUUUCUUCGCCAGAUUCUGAGCUGGAGCCGAUAGACAUAUCACUAGACGACGCAGGCACAGUACUAGCUGGAGUUUCGACUGGUGGUGGUGGAGGAGGUGGAGGUGGUGGUAACGUAGGAGCUACCGGAGGAGUAGGAAUGCAUGACUCUUCUAAAAUCAUUUUCUUGACCACCUCCAAAUCUGGAGGUACCCCUAGUGGAGGAAUGGGAACAGAACUGUCCAAAGGUCGCAGAAGGGCACUUUGAUCCAGAGAGGUAUCCAUAGUGGGAAUGAAUGAACGGCUUGGUCGACUACUACUCUCCCCGAUUCGACCUUUAUGAUCGUUUCCCGUCGUGCCCUGCGCCGUAGCAGCUCCAGUUGGACCACCAGCACUGUCUGAAGGCCCCAUCGUACUUCGACGCCUUUUAUAGUCUUCCAAGCUCAGUCGCUUCGCCUUUCUUACUUCAACUGGAGAAGCCAAUGGCACUUGUGAUGAGGUUGACGUAGUCGUUGCCGUGUCAACAGAGACCGAAGGUAGUGUUGUGGGAGGUUGGCGUACUGACGGCUGAGGUAGAGGCCUAUGCACAGUCUCAGCCAGAUCGAAAUCCACAUGUAAUCUUUCAUUUAAAUUUGGCAUCAGGUAGCGUAAGGCCAUGUUCCAAUGAAAGCGAAACCCCUCUGCUUUCGCACCCAUUUGUGCUAAAGCCGUGGCAGCAACAUGCUCAUCGGAUUGGCAAGCAUCUAACAUGUGUCUCCUUUUCUUCAAUGGAGGACUCAUCUGA